AACGAUAGAAACUGGAAAAUGCAAAGUAACAAGCAACCAGGAAGAUAUCCCUUUGAGGAUGAAUGGAGAGAAAGGUUGAAAAGAAAGCUUCAACAAGAGAAAAUUGUUCGACAAGUUAUGUCUCAGGUGGAAGAGUUGAGGUUGAGAGAAAGUUUGGAUGAUUAUAUUGAGAGUGAAUUGCAACAUAUUCGAAACCAUAUCAUUGAUAACUUCCGCCAACACCGACCACAGAUUAUGAACAAGGGUAUUGAAACUGCGAAACGCGUUAGUGGCCACUCCCUUGCGUCUUGGAACAAACAGUUUUUACAACUAUUCGAAGCAUCCAAUAGUAUGAAGAAGGAUAUUGCAGAAGACAACCGUAAACUGAAUACUUUGGUUUUGAAAUAUAAGAAACGUACAGCAAAAGCUUGGCAGUCGUCUACACAAGACAUUGUUACUUCAAAGAGUUCGUUGUUGAAUGGUACUAGUGAAGUUUGUUAUCCAGUUGGUAUGUCAUCUUGGAAAGUAGUCCUUUUGUUGGCUUUGUUUGGUUUCGCUGGUUCUCAAUUAUUUUUAUAUUUUACUUUACAUAUCGAACCUUCUGUUCAUACGUUGAUAACUGCAAUGAGUGUUUGUUCCAUUGUUUCCUUUACAUUGAAACAAGCCAAUGAGUAACUACGCUGUCAAAAGAUUGACAUUUGAACACAACACCUAAAGACCUGCAUGAACAAUAUAGCCAUUGGUUUUUGUAAAUAAAGACAUCACAGACGUAGUAUUCAUUUUUUUUAAU